AUGAAAAAUGACAAAAUAAAAUUAGUGAGCUUCGAGGGGGAUGAAUUCAUAGUCGAUAAAUACACGGCCUCCAUGUCGACGGUCAUACUUAAUAUACUAGAAGUAAUGACGGCCGAGGAAGACACCAUACCACUCCCAAACAUAAAAACGCCGAUUCUAAAAAAAAUAAUCGAAUACAUGGAGUACCACAUUAACAACCCUGCGGACGAAAUCCCCAAGCCCCUCAUCACCUCCAACCUGCAGGACGUUGUGUCAACUUGGGAUUACGAUUUUGUAAACACGGAUAAGGAAACCCUGUACGAAUUGAUAGAGGCGUCCAACUACCUCGAUAUAAAACCGCUGCUAGACUUAACCUGUGGAAAAAUUGCCUCCAUGAUGAAGGACAAAACUACGGAAGAAAUUCGAGCGGAGUUUGACAUCGUCAACGACUUCACCAGAGAGGAAGAAAAACAGGUAGGGUUCAUUUUUCAAUGA